AUGGGUAGAACUUGUCAGAAUUCAUCAUCUAGUAUCAUUAUUUUACCUUCAAAAGAUUGUUCAGUUUGUAUUAAAUCUCAAAGACUAGCUUCAAUUACUUUUGUUAUAUUUGGUAAUAGAUUUGUAGUAAUUCCUAUUCAAGCUAUA